UCCAAAUCCUCAGUUUUCAGAGUUGUCUCUUUCUUUGGCAAUUUUCCUGAAACUCGUUACAUGUCGAUGUGAGUAAGCCCUCUGUGAUUCGUAAUACAAUGGAAACGACUGGUGACAAAAAGAAUAGUAGCAGCCUUGACAAGAGUCGCGAUACGAAUGACUUCCAAGCCGAUGCAAAUUUAUCGUCAAAGGAGAAUUACGAAUUUGACGAUUUGCUCCGUCUGGUCGGCGGAUUCGGUCGUUAUCCGAUGCUGUUGUACGCCUUUAUGUGCUUGAUGACGGUACCUAUCGGCCUUCAACAACUAGUGCUUGUAUUUUAUGGCGCGUCUCCGCCUUUCCAGUGUGUCGCCUCGAGCACUACCAUGAACAGUUCUAAUUGCGAGAUCGACAAAUGUUGUGCCAAUUGCACCGAAUAUGAAUUCAAGGGUAAAUAUACAAGUGCCGUCUCUGAGUGGGGGUUGAUUUGUGAUAAAAAUCAUCUCAAAGCGUUGACUCAAGCAGCAUACUUGGCAGGACUUCUCGUUGGCUCCUAUGCCUUUAGCAGCAUAUCUGAUCAUUUGGGACGAAGGGUCGCUUUUUUCCUCAGUAUCGCCUUCCUGGCCGUAUGUGGCACCGUCUCUGCAGUUGCAGACUGCCUCUCUCUUUUCGCCUUGUUCCGAGUCGGUGCGGGAGCCGCUGCCGCUGGUUGUCUACUCUCCCGCUUCGUUUACUGCAUGGAGCUGUCAGUUACGUCAAAUAGGACUGCUGCAGGGUUUGUCAGCAACAUCUUCAUGACUGUGGGUUACGCCAUUUUAGCUUUACUGGCCUACCUCAUGAGAGACUGGAGACAUCUGAUGCUAGCAGUGUCGGUACCAGGGGUCCUACUGCUCCUUUUCUGGUGGUGGAUUCCUGAAUCUCCGCGCUGGCUUGUCGCUCACAAUCGUCUGGAUGAGGCUCAUGGCCUGCUCAUGAAGUACGCUACCAAAAAUGGCGUCUCCGUUGACCCUAAACAGCUGAGGCACAUGAUCUCGGAAGUAAGGAAAGCUGAUGUCAGGAAAAAUGACACCCGAAAAUAUGGGACUUGUGAUUUGGUUAGGACACCAAAACUGAGAAAGAGAAUUAUCAUCUGCUGUUUCAAUUGGUUUGUUAACGCUCUGGUGUACUUUGGACUGAGUUUGAAUGUGAAGAAUCUCGCUGGAGACAUGUACCUGAACUUUUUCAUGUUGAUUAUCAUCGAGUUACCUAGUGCAUUGUUGGCCUGGUUUUGUCUUCAGAGGUUUGGUCGCCGCAUUCCGUAUUGUGCCUUCAUGCUAAUUGGUGGAGUUGCCGGCAUGCUGGUGUUAGCUGUUCCAAGCAAAGCUGAAUAUCAAGCAGUGAUCACAACUCUGGCCAUGAUCGGCAAGUUCUGUAUCUUAUCCACUUUUCUGACCAUCUAUGUUUUCACUGCCGAGCUUUUCCCGACAGUUAUCAGGAACACAGCUGUGGGCGUUUCCUCCAUGAUGGCCCGUAUUGGAGCAAUAUUGGCACCUUACAUAGUUCUACUGGCGGACCUUCCCAAUCUUAAUAAAACGCUUCCGCUGGUCAUCUUCGGAAUACUUGGAGUAACCGCUGGCAUAGUGGGUCUAUGGCUGCCUGAGACGCUUUUCAGUCCCAUGCCCCAAACCGUGGAACAGGCGGAGGCCUGGCCUGAGGACUACAAGAUUUAUUGCUGCAAGCAGCCUGGGCCCAAGAAAUCAAACGCAGGGUCGAAAAAAGUCAACACCGGAGAAGAGGAAGGACAGAAACUCUGCGAUGUUGAAAGUCAGGUGUAGUGCAAAGGCACAGAACGUAGUUUGCUUAUAAAGAAGUGUCUAUGAUACUUUGUGACGUGCAAAAUUGCCUCACAUAUGUAGAAAGGUAAA